AAAUUCAGUUAUUCAUUACUUUGGAACUCAACACAUUAGAACUAUUGCUAUUUCCUCAAUUAAAAAUAAAAACGGAUAAAGUGUGACUUGUGUUGUAUGAUAAGAUUUUUUUUAGAGACCAUGCUAUUUUAUAAUCGGCUUUAUACUUUUCUGUUAUUUCACUACUCGCGAGGAAGUAGGUACAUUUAAAGUGAUCCCGUGGAUAUAUGGUCAGUUGCCCGCUAGUUUUCUGCAGCAGAGGGUGAUACUUCUGUUCUGCAAAACCGAAAUAAUAGUUUAAGUUAACUUCAAUAUCCUGUGUGUUUAAAUAAUUCGAAAAGUGAUUAAAGUCACAACGAGAAAAAAACGCGUUUUAAAGGUUUAUUAAAUAAAAAAAUACCAAUGUGGACAUUUUAAACAUCACUUACCCAAAAGGAUUACACAAAUAAAAAUACAUCAAAACCAAUAUGGAUUUAUUUAAAAAUAUUAGAUCAGCUACACUACUUACUUGUAUCCUGAUUGCACUCAUACAUUCUUCAUUCAGUAGAUAUCAUGGAAAAAGACACAAAAGACAUUAUGGCGCACAUAUGUAUCUUCCAGAAAGUUACAUAGUACCGAACGGUGAAGGUGAUAUUCACGAAUGGAGUGAUUGGAGUUCACCAUCUGAGUGUUCUAGAUCAUGUGGCGGUGGUGUUUCUUUUCAAACGAGGGAGUGCUUAAAAUAUGCAUCGAAUGGAGCACAACAGUGUAAAGGAGGUUCCCGAAAAUACUUUUCUUGUAAUACGCAGGAUUGUCCGGAUGAAGAACCUGACUUUCGUGCGCAACAGUGCUCUAGGUUUGACAGUGUUCCGUUCGAUGGAGUACGCUAUGAAUGGGUUCCAUAUACAAACGCUCCUAAUCCAUGUGAGCUGAAUUGUAUGCCAAGGGGCGAACGGUUCUACUAUAGACAUAAGGCAAAAGUUAUAGAUGGCACUAGGUGUAAUGAUAAAUCUUUGGAUGUGUGCGUGGAUGGUGAAUGUCAACCUGUGGGAUGCGACAUGAUGCUAGGCUCAAAUGCCCGAGAGGAUAAGUGCAGAAAAUGCGCAGGUGAUGGAAGCUCCUGCAAAACGAUUUCUGGAUCAUUUGAUACAAAUGACCUAGCAGCAGGUUACAAUGAUAUUCUUUUAAUUCCAACUGGAGCUACGAAUAUUGUUCUUAAAGAGAAAGAACCCUCGAAUAAUUACCUAGCGUGCAGAAAUCUAACGGGACAUUUCUAUCUCAAUGGAAAUUGGCGAAUAGAUUUCCCUCGACCCAUGUUCUUUGCUGGAUCGUGGUGGCAUUAUCAACGAAAACCAACAGGUUUUGCUGCUCCAGACCAACUUACAUGCAGUGGCCCAACUACUGAAACCAUAUAUAUUGUUAUGCUUAUACAAGACCGAAACGUAGGUGUUAAGUAUGAAUACAGUAUCCCAGAAACCGUUUCUAAAAACCUUCCGGACACGUAUUCUUGGACACACAUGGAAUUUGGACCAUGUAGUGUGUCUUGUGGUGGUGGUAGUCAAAGCAGAAACGUAACUUGCAACAACCGACUUACAUUAGAAAAAGUUGAUGAAAGUCUUUGCGAUACAAAUACAAAACCAAGUAAUGUGCAAACAUGUGGAACUGAAGAAUGCGCUCCCAGAUGGGUAGAAGAACCCUGGGGAAAGUGCUCGAAAAGUUGUGGCAAAGACGGCGUCCAGAACAGAACAGUAUCCUGUGAGCGUAUUUCACCAAGCGGUGUGGCAAGUAUUGUGGAUGAAAGCAUUUGCUUGAAAGCUUUUGGAAGUAAACCAGUUGAAACUCGAGAUUGUAACAGAGAUGUAGAAAACUGUCCAAAGUUUCACUUGGGCCCGUGGACUCCCUGCAACAAGCUUUGCGGUGAAGGAAAAAGAACAAGAGUAGUGACAUGUUUUAAGGAAGAAGGAGGUAGAAAAAAAGUUUUGCCUAGUGAAGAAUGUUCAGAAGAAAAACCAGAUACCGAAGAAAACUGUUUGAUUACUCCUUGCGAAGGAGUUGACUGGAUUGUUUCACAAUGGAGUGGGUGUGAAAAAUGUGGUCAAACAAAAGAAACCAGAACAGCUUUAUGUGGUUCGAAGUCUGGAAAAAUAUACGAUGAUAAAUUUUGUUUACUGGAAAAGCCAAUUUUGUCUAGAUCCUGCAACUCCACAAAAUGCGAAAUUCAAUGGUUCACUUCUCAGUGGAGUGAAUGUUCCGCCAAAUGCGGUGAAGGAAUCCAGUCUCGCAUCGUCAUAUGUGGAGAAUUCGAUGGUUCAAAAGUAACACAAGUUCUUGAUGAUUCUAAAUGUAAUGCAUCAGAAAAACCGACCGAUGAGCAAAAUUGUGAAGGAGACCAGAAAGAAUGUCCAGGUGAAUGGUUCACAGGACCAUGGGGAGAAUGCAGUAAAUUAUGUGGUGGUGGACAAAGAUAUCGAGAAGUGCUUUGUCUUGCAAAUGGCACAAAAGCUAAAACAUGUGAAGAAUCGAAACUAGAAUUUGCAUCCGAAAAUUGCAAUAACGAAGCCUGCACGGAUGAUGAGCUUAUUCCAUUAGAUAAUUCAAGCAAAUCCAUUGAAGAGGAUAAUGAAAGUGGAGAAGAAUGUGAAGAAGAUUACGACGAAGAAGAAUUCCCACUUGCUAAACUAAAAGAAAACUUGGAACUUGGCGAAGGUGUUGAAAUUGACCCUGUUGAUGAUUCAAAACCAUCGACUCUAGAAAUGGAUAAGCUUUUGAGAACGACGCGUACGACUGCUGAAUAUACAAUAGGGGAAGGAUCUGGCGAAGGAAGUGGCAGUGAAGAUGGGGGUGAAGGUGAAGUAUCGACUAUUUCUAGCGAUUCAACAUCUGAUCUUGAAAGCAGUACAACAUCCAUUUUUGAUGAUUCAACCACAGACAUAUCAACUGAUUCAUCUGAGACAAUUUCAUCCCUAUUAACCGAUUCUACUGUAUCCGAAAUAAGUUCAGAUUCACUUCAAAUAUCAACUGAAGCCUUUUCACAACAAACAACAGAUAGCCCGGCUACACUAAAUAGUGAUUCGACUGUAACUGGUGAAUAUGAAACAACCGACAGUCAAAAAUCGUCAACUUUGGUUACAGAUGAAACAGCAAGUACGAAUACAGAAAUCACAUCUGAGUUUAGCAUACAAACAACGACCGAAGCGUCCACGGAUCUUACAUCCGAUGGAGAUACUGUGUCCACAUUAGAUGAAGAAACAGGCACAACAUCAAUUGGUAGCACUGGCACAACAUUAGAGAGUAGUACAGAUACCACAGAAGAUGUUGCCACUAGCAGUGUUACAAAUACAGAUCUGUUAUACAGCUCAACAACAGAACUCAACACCGAUUCCACAACUGAAGAGAUCACAGAUACAACGCCAGUAGUAAGCACAGAAACAACACUUGACAACACCUCAGAGACCACCGAAGAUUCUGUCACAAGCAGUACUACAGAUAUCAACACUGAUUCAACAUCAGAUAAAUCAACAGAUACAACCUCAAGCAGUAACACAGAUACAACAAUUGAGAGUAGUUCAAUCACACCAGAUGACUCGGAGACCAUAAGCACAACUGUAAAUUACAACUCAGAAACAACCGAUAUUGAAUCGACAAGCUCAGAAACAGCAUCAAGUCAAUUUACUGAAAGCAGCUCAGAUGCAAACUCAGAAACAACCGUUGAUGUAACAGAUUCAAGCCUAUCCUCGGGAAGCACGGAAAGCUCAACAAUUAUUGAGAGCUCCAGUAGCAGUAUAUUAGAAGACACAUCAACUAGUACACAAGAUAAGUCAUCUGAAACGACAUUGGAUACACUAGCAACAUCUGACAAUACUGAAAGCUCUUCUCUUGUAACAACUGACUCAACACCAAUGAACACUCUCACCACUGACGAUAGUUCAGAUACAACUUUCACACAAGACGAGUCAAGUUCAACAUUAUCUACCUCUGAAAAGAUUUCAACCUCUGAAGAAAGUACGACAUUUGUCUCUUCAACUGACAUUAGUGAUGUUGAAUCGACGACGGUUGAUAUAUGGAGUUCCGAUGUCACUGAAGAUGAUUCUAAAACUACUCCUAAUAGUAUUACUGCUGUUAUAGAGAAAGAAUUGAAACCAAAAUCUAAAAAAUGUAAACCUCGAAAACAAAAGAAACUUACAUGUAUUCUUUCCAAAUUUGGAUGUUGCCCUGAUAAGAAAACAAAUGCUAAAGGACCUUUCGGCUUAGGCUGUCCAGUAAUAAAAACUUGCUCUGAUUCGGAAUUCGGUUGUUGUUUAGAUGGUCUCUCACCUGCCCAGGGCAAAGCAUAUGAAGGAUGUCCAAGUUCACUGUGCACAGAAACCUUGUUCGGUUGUUGCUUAGACAAAUUUACCCCUGCCGAAGGUGAAGACUACGAAGGAUGCCCUGAACCUACAACAGUUGCACCCACAACAAUUCUUUCAACUGAGGAAAGUGAUGAGACAACUAUUGUUACAAGUAUAACCGAAAGCUCAUCUGAAGAAUCCAUUUCUACAGAUUCAACAAGUCCCCAAUAUUACACAGAAUCAACAGACACCACUGAGAGUACAAUAAUACCAGAUACCAACGUUGAAAAAGAUUGUUCUAAUUCAUUGUAUGGAUGUUGUAAUGACGGCAAAACACCAGCUCGUGGACCAAAUAAGGAGGGAUGUGCUUUGUGCUUACAAGAACCGUAUGGUUGCUGUUCAGAUGGUUUAACUCCAGCUCAUGGUCAAAACGGUGAGGGAUGUUGUCUAAAGACCCAGUUUGGUUGCUGCCCCGAUAAUAUUAAUGCAGCAAGGGGACCUAAUUUCGAAGAUUGCGGCUGUAAAUAUUCACCAUUUGGCUGCUGUGCCGACAACAUUACUUCUGCUCGUGGUUAUGACAAUGAAGGAUGUGGUUGUGAAUCAUCCACGUUUGGUUGCUGUCCGGAUAAACUAACAAUAGCACUGGGACCGAAGUUUUCUGGUUGCCCAUGUCAGACAAUGCAAUUUGGAUGUUGUCCUGAUGGAAUAACCAUACCACAAGGGCCCCACCACUAUGGUUGUCAUUGUUCUCAAACACAAUUCAAAUGCUGUUCUGAUGAAAAAACUCCUGCAAAGGGACCGAAUUAUGAAGGUUGCACAUGUGCUGAGAGUAAAUUUGGAUGCUGUCCUGAUGGUGUUACUGAUGCACAAGGUCAUAAAUUUGAAGGUUGUGCCAUUAUACAAGAGUCUCCUCAAAAGGCAUGUGGACUACCGAAGGAUACAGGAAAAUGUAGCAACUUCACAAUUAAAUACUUCUUUGAUACAUCGUAUGGUGCUUGCGCUCGAUUUUGGUAUGGUGGAUGCGAUGGAAACGGAAACCGAUUUGAAACAGAAAGUGAUUGUAAAAACACAUGCCAAGAAUACAAAGGUAAAGAUACCUGUUUGUUGCCUAAAAGUGCUGGGCCCUGCCCAGGUUUUCAGAAGAAAUGGUAUUUCGAUUCUGACCGAAAUCGUUGUGAAGAGUUUAACUACGGCGGAUGCUAUGGUACAAGCAAUCGCUUCGAUAGCCUUGAAGAGUGCAAAGCGCAAUGUUCUGUGGAGGAUAGCUUGCCAACUUGUGAACAGCCUAUGGACAAUGGGCCAUGUCAGGGUAACUUUGAGAGGUGGUUCUAUGAUAAUCAAACUGACACAUGUCAACGUUUCAUGUAUGGUGGUUGUAAGGGCAACAAAAACAACUAUGCCACUGAACAUGCUUGCAACUAUCAUUGCCGUCAACCUGGUGUACACAAAGAAUUUUGUUCACUUCAAAAAGAAACUGGUAAUUGUGAUGGUAACCAUGCACGUUGGCACUUUUCUGAAAAUGAUAAAAAAUGCUUACCUUUCUACUAUUCUGGCUGUGGGGGAAACAAAAACAACUUCCAAAAUUUGGAGUCUUGUGAAGAGCAUUGUCCUAAAAAUAUAGAAAAGGAUAUUUGUGAAAUACCUGCAGAGGUAGGUGAGUGUCAAAACUACACUGCGCGAUGGUACUGGGAUACAAAGGACGUCCGCUGUCGGCAGUUCUACUAUGGUGGAUGCGGUGGAAAUGAAAAUAAUUUUAACGGCGAAGACGAAUGCUUGCAGCGUUGUGAAAAGAGGCCUCAGGAAUCAAUUAACCCUCCACCUCGCCAACCUCCUAGCAUAGCUGCAGUUAAAACUACGGCUGGUCCUCCACCCGAAAAUGCCAUUUUAAGUGAAGAAAAGUGCUUCCAAGCAGCUGAAGCUGGCGAUUGCGAUGAAUAUCUACAUCGUUGGUUCUAUAACGCUGCUGAAGGCAUUUGCGAUCAAUUUAUUUACAGGGGUUGCGGUGGGAACAAUAAUAACUUUGCUUCAGAGAAAGAAUGUGAGGAUAGCUGCUUUUACGUGCAUUCAACCUGCUCACUACCCCCAAUAUAUGGGCGAUGCACUGAUAAUACAACAAGAUGGCACUAUGACGAACAAAGUAAACGUUGUUUCGAGUUUGAAUUUAGUGGAUGUCGUGGAAAUCGUAACAAUUUCGUUAAUGAACAAGAGUGUAUGGAUUACUGCACGGAGUACGACGCUGAAACAAAUCCGGAUGAAAACCAAUGUAACCUACCCUUGGAAAGAGGAAGUGGCUGCAACGACAACAUUUUAUCCUGGUAUUACAACAAAGAAUCACAGCAGUGUCAAUACUUUUAUUACGCAGGUUGUAAUGGCAAUGAAAAUCGCUUUGAAAGUCAGGAUCAAUGUGAAAGAAAGUGUAUUAAAGUAAAAAAAACUGAUCAAACUACAAUGGCACCAGCAGUAAAUAAAUGUGAAUCUGCAGAAGAUCAAUGUCGUUUAUUACAAUGUCCAUUUGGUGUGCGAUCUGAACAAGGAAUUGACGGUUGCCAAAGAUGCGAUUGUAUUAACCCUUGCGCAGAUUACACAUGUCCUGAUGACGAAAAAUGCGCAGUUGAUUUAUCAAACGAUCCUUCUUCGAAAACAAAAUUCCUUCCAAUUUGUAGACAAAUUAACAAAAUCGGAACAUGUCCAAAACUUUCCAAUAGCUCAGAUUGUCGUCGGGAAUGCUAUGACGAUGCUGAUUGUAGAGAUGAUAGCAAGUGUUGCUCUGAAGGUUGCAGCUUCGUUUGCGUUCGUCCAUAUCAGCCUCCGUUACAAACAACAACAGUUAGCCCACCCGCUCCAAAAACAGAAAUAACUCUACCCGGAGAAUCAGCAGCUGGGUUAGAACCAAAAACAUCAAAGGAAGUUGAGGUCACGAGCUCAGUUGGUAGCACAGCACUUCUUCGUUGCUUUGCUACUGGAAAUCCAGCACCAGUUGUAACCUGGAAACGCGGUGCCAUUUUGAUCGAUACAAACAAUGGUCGCUAUAUACUGACUUCAUCUGGCGACCUAACAAUUGUGCAAGUACACCAAUCUGAUAGUGGGUCAUACAUCUGUGUUGCAUCUAAUGGACUUGGAGCACCGGUUUCUCGUGAAAUUAAUUUACAAGUACCAGCUUCUAAAAAGAACAUUCCAGCAUACAUAUAUGGUCCUAAAAAUGUAACCCAAAUCGUAACAUUAAAGCAACCAGCAAUGAUACGAUGCCCUGCAGGAGGCUAUCCAAAACCACAUGUUAAUUGGUGGCGAGGAAAGACCAGAAUGCCUCUCACUACGCUCCGUUAUGACACAAAACGGGACUACUCUUUGGUAUUUCGUAGUAUAGAAAUAUCUGACUUAGGGCCAUACGAGUGUUCAGCUUGGACUGGACAUGGAAAACCAGCUUCAAUGAUUGUUGUCCUUAAAGCUGUAGGUCCAGUGCAUGAUAUUAGUCCAAAUGAACCAUUCUUAAAAUAUAUAAUUGACCCGGCUACAAUGCCUAGUACAUCCAUGCCUUCAUACUCCUUCAAUCGAUCAAGACCGAACAGACCAUCUCAAACACAAGUUUUUGAUGUGCGUCAGAGCCUUAUAACGUCUCCCCCAUAUAGAAAGUCCGUUAGUGCCAGCGCUCUUAUUCGACGUGAUUCAAGCAACAAUUACACCAUAGGAUCAGAUGUCGUGCUUACAUGUGAAGUUGGAGGAUAUCCUACUCCAAAUGUUACUUGGUUUAAAGACAGCAAACAAGUAUUUUCAUCAAACAGAAUUCAAAUAACUGAAAAUCCGUACCGUUUGGUUAUUUACAAAGUAACAGCGGAAGACUCUGGCUAUUAUGGAUGCACAGCUAGAAAUACUUUUAGCUUCAAUACCAGCGAGGAGAAGGUGUUAAUUGAAUCUGGUGAACAAGUGAGCUCCGACUGUACAGAUAAUAUUUUCUUUGCGAACUGCGCCCUUAUAGUCAAAGGAAGGUAUUGCUCGCAUAAUUAUUACGCUAAGUUCUGCUGCCGAUCCUGCACUCUUGCUGGACAACUGCCAGGUGGACAUCCCAAUUUCUUAUAAUAAUUGUUAUUUGACAAACUAUAAUCAAAUAAGUUAUUUGGUAUAGUUAAUUCCAUGUUAUUUGCUUUCACAACUCUCAGGCCAGUAUUCUUAUAAUUUCAAAACUUAACCAAAAAACCGAGGUAUUAAACUUAACGACACUUGAAAAAAAAAAAAUAACAGUGAGCUUAAAUUAUUACUUAUUUCAUUAUAGUAAAUAAAGAUAAACUUGUUCCUAUUUAUU